CACAUGCACUCACUUUGACUUUAUUUCUGAUGUGAGCCUCAUAGAUGGAGUACGGACGAUUUUCUGUUUGCUAAGUGCGGCUACUUUGACGUGUUAGGCAUUUGCUUUCUGUAUGAAUGCAAGUCUAAACCAAGAGGGACAAUGUGUUCCAGGGCUUAUCUUUUUCUGAUUGGAGCUGUGUACCUCUACGCUCAGGUCAUCGUAGCAGAAGAUGUCUUCACUGCUGAGCUGACGGUGGGAAGUAAUGUCACACUGGAGGCCAACAGCAUCCUGCUGGCUUUGAAUUAUACAGACGUGGAAGUGAAUGCACAAAAAGUGAUCCUCAUAAGAAGUGAAGUGGUGGCAGAGUGCCUGCUUAUUGGAGAUGAUACCUCUUGCAACUGCUCCACCGGGUACGUAUGGAGCAACCCAGUGUGCUACAACUACAACUGUUGUAGGGAAACGACUUGCGCUCAGAACGUGUCCGACAGCACGCCACUCUGCAUCGCCAAAGUCAAUGUUCGCAUCAAAGGAUCAGUGACAUUGAAUACUGCCGAAACAUGGGGGAGCAAUAAAGAAACUCAGCUUACAGAUGCAUUUAAGGUGCUGAAUGGCUUUGAGUUCCUGAAUGUAACUGGUCAAAGAACCCAAACCAUUGACAAAGAUGACUUUGCAGUUGCUGACUUUGAGGCAGCUGUCAGCGUAGAAAUGUCGACUCCAAAACUUCAAGGUGUUGUGGAUGAAGCACAAAGGAAUUUGAAGGCUGUCAUUUCUGUUGACACUGUAGGAAUGGUCGAGAUAUACUCCCCAGGGAAAGUGUGCUAUGAGUCUGUGCCAGUGAUGAAUUGCACAUUUGUGGAGACAAAUAUUAAGAUGGACAGUAAUGGCUGGAACUUUUUUGGGAAGGAUGGCAAACGCUUUCAGCUCAACACCGGCACUGUGGUGAAUCUUACUCUUCCCUGUAACACAUCGGGUUUGUGUGCUCAACUCACACUUCAAAAGGUGACAGGCAUCUGGUCAGGUAGAUACGAGUGUGGAUUCCAGAUAGGGUCAGUCCGGCACACAGCCAGCACAGAACUGAGUGUUGCACUCCUGCCUGACGUGGUCACCCUGAAGAUUGAUCCUCUGACGGUGGACUGUUCGGUGAAUUCAAACCGUAAGGUGACGGCCACUGCCACCAUCCCAGUCAGCACAGAGCCCUUUAAAGUUUUGUGGAGCUACCAGGAAGUAAAGGAACCAGCUGUCAACACAUCUGUUGGAGGAAACCUUAUUUAUAAGUUUCAUGCAACUGUCAGUUGCAUGAAAAUACUAGAGCCACAUACUAUCAGUGUCACUUUUACGAACUCAGAGAAACAAGUCAAAACUGCGACAGUGGAUGUUCCAGUAAUUUAUGCGGGUGCAACGUUUUGCAAGGCAGAGAUAGAUAGAUUUGGUGUGCUUUGGCCAAACACCCCAGCUGGAAAGACAUUGAUUAUUGAUCAAUGUGCAGAGGGCAGGGUGGGCUAUAAGUCCCGCACUUGCAGAGGCCGUCAAUGGGACGAUGUGUUCUCCAACUGCGUUAACGCAGAGCUGAACAAAGUUCUAAAUGCUGCAGACAACUUUGCGAAGGGACUAGGAGCCACCCAGGAGGUUGCCAUGGAGAUUUUUUCAGGACUUUUUAACAGCUCUACAACCGACACUGAUUCCAAUGACUCUACGGCCGACGUUAUCGCUUCCAUCGAGGUUCUAAAUUUGAUGUCGAAGGCAUCAGAGUUCAUUGUCUUGGAAGACAGUGUCUUUCCUAAAUUUGUACAUGCUGCAAGCAAUAUGUUGAACAACACCUGGUCUGGUGUCAACACAACUAUUGUUCAUGAUAUGUCAUCAAAAUAUCUUCAGUCUGUGGAAGAUCUGGUGAAGAAUAUUAAGGUCAAUCAAAGCAAUGGAGUGAACAGUCCAAAUCUAGACCUCAAAUUCUGUUCAGAUGACUGCAAUAUGACUGUGUUUGACAUUGCCGUUAAUAUGAACAAGACCAACGGAACAGGGAAAACUGUUGCUGUGAAAAAUCUAAUGCGUAGAUUAAAAAACAACAUCGACGAUUCGAAGCCUGACAGCAUCUUAGUAUCGGUCACACUGGAGAAGAAUAGUUCAUCAGAAAUUAGACUGGUGUUCCCCCAAGAGAAUCCGAGUCGCAACAAACGUAUGUGUGUUUUCUGGCGCACCAAGAUGAACAAAUGGUCAGAAGCAGGAUGCAGUGCGAAAACUAUUCCGGGCAAUCGCACAGUUUGCGACUGCAACCACCUGACUUCAUUCGCUGUCAUGAUGUCCAAGAGUGAUGUAUCUACACCGGACCUGGAUAUGAUUACAAAUGUCGGCCUGGGUGUGUCCGUCUGCUGCCUGCUGAUCUUCCUCAUCGUCGAGUAUCUAGUGUGGUCGGCUGUGGUCAAAUCCAACCUUUCACAUUUCCGUCACACAGCUAUAGUGAACAUUGCUGUGUUCCUCUUGCUCGGUAACUGUAGUUUCUUGGCUUCCAGCAAUCCCGAGAGUCUCAGUGACAACUGGUGCCUAGUUUUGACAAUAUGCAAGCACCUGUUUUAUUUGGCCAUGUUCAACUGGAUGAUGUGCAUGAGUGUCAUGCUUGUCCACCAGCUCAUCUUCGUCUUCACCCCCCUGAGGAAAAGAGUCUUCAUGUUCUUCUCCGGCAUCGUUGGCUAUGUUUUCCCAAUCUUCAUAGUGGGAUCAAGCUAUACGUAUUGCAAAUACACCGAAAAGCCCUACUAUGAAAAGAAAACAUGCUGGCUAGUUUAUGAAAGUGUCUUGGAGGGCUCCCUUCAUGCUUUCCUCCUUCCUGUGGGAACUGUUAUUUUGACAAAUCUGUUUUCCAUGGUGGUCGUCAUUCUUACUCUAGUGAAAUCCAAUGUCCCUGAGGGCAGCAAGGCAGACGACAAGGAGACAGCCAAAAGCAUCCUCAAAGUGGUGGUCUUUCUAACGCCUGUCUUUGGACUGACAUGGAUUAUUGGCUUUGCUCUGCUCAUGUUGGAAGAAAACACUCCCCUGCAUAUUAUAGCCAUUUACAGUUUCACCAUCCUCAACUCCUUCCAGGGCAUAUUCAUUUUGAUUACAUGUGUUUUCGCAGAGCAGAAGGUUCGAGAAGAAAUGAUAAAGCUCAUAAUGGCAAAGUCAAAAGGAAAAAGUGAGAGCAUGAAGAAUUUGACCUCAACCAACUACACAAGAGACAAAUGAGGACCGAGAUUGCAGACACGGAAACAGCAACUCUUGGAUGCAGCUCCUCUGAUACUGCUUUGUGUAUAGAUAGUUAUAGAACUAUAGAGUAAUGUUCAAAAACUAGGUUUAUUUUAUUUCAUUUGAUAGCACUGAACAUUAUUAUUAUUUGUAGCUCUUACACUUAUGGUUAUCAUCCAUGAAAUCAUAUUCUGCUCCAGGAAAGAAUUUAAGAUAAGAAUAUAGCUAAUGCAUACAUUUUGAUGCCAUUUUAUAUUUUAAGGGUAAAGUUGAUACAGUCUAUUUCCAUUCGUUUUUAUGUGCUAAAGAAGUUAGACACAUUACACUCUAUAGCUUUAAGAGGAAGCUUGUGUAUCUUGAUGUUCUGCAUUCUGUACAUGGAGUUUGAGCUGACUGUAUAUAGGAUAUCGCUUGGUUUUCUAGGAGCCCUAUGAUUAUUAGGGGUUUUGCCUUUCCUGUAGUGUGUUAUAUAGGUUUUAGCGCAUGUAAAUGGUCUACAAAGGCUAAAAUCCCUGUGUUCCCUCCAGACAUACACCCCCUCUGCCUGAAACGCCAUUGGACUCCUUUGUUUAACUCUUUAACAUAGUGAGUAACAAUAACUCUUCCAUUGGCUAGCGCUCCAACACAUGCUACGUGAUAGGCUAAGGGUUUCUAAGCGUUUCACAUAUCACAACAGAGCUGGCCAGCUAACCAAUCAGAACAGACUGGGCUCUGGUUUCAGACAGAGGGUGAACAGUAGAGGCACAACUUAUACAUAUGAACCUGGAAAUUAGCAUGAUAGGGCCCCUUUAACAAGUUUGGCAUGGUUUGAUAAUUUUGCUUGAAUCUGUAUAUGUACAUUACUUGAUUUAAACUAUAACCUGUGUGUCUAACCAGUGUAUGUAUCCAAAAAUAUGUAUUGAAAUAAAGACAAGGAAUAUAAUGUA